AUGGAAUUGGAAAAGAACAGUGAAGUUAAAAGCAGAAGGAGACGCUUCAGGCAGAAUUCCCAUCCUUUUUCACAUUCUGAGGAAGCUGAGCAGGUGCCUGUUGGAGACGCUGCAGCAGGAGCAGACUCCUCUGGUUUUGGCCAGGAACCUUCUGCAAAUGUUUCAAAGUUAAAGUCGGAGGAAAGCUUACCCUAUUUAAGUUCAUCUUUAGAUGCAGAUAUUGAAAUGUAUCACAAAAAGAGAAUGAGAAUUUUCUGUGCACAGGUAGAUGAAAGCAAGGAAGAGGAUGACGUGUCAGGAAGGACAUGUGACAACAUGCACUUCAAUUGUGGGAUGUGUGAUGACUGCAGACAAAGCCAUUUAGGUGAAUAUUCACAGAUGGAGUAUUUCAGUGCUGGUGAGCAAGAUUUUGAUGACAGGAAUAGCUCACGUGAGUUUUCUGAGCAAAAGGAAACUAUAGGAAUUGAAACCUUAAAGCUGAUAGAUCUGGUUCAUGAAGUUCUGGGGAGGGAAGUCACACAGAAACAAAAUCUCUUGGACGUGUCAGAAGAUUGUCCUUCUGCCGCUGAGCAUGGUGUAGAUGACCAGACCUGCCACGAAUCAGCUAUGCCAGAACUUCCCCACCUGCUUCAAGUGUCUCUGUCAGAUUGCAGUGGCAUGACUUGUCAUCAUCAGGAAGAGCAAACAGAAUAUCAUAGUGUUUGUGGAAGCACACUUGAAAGUCAUUCUUGUGGGAGUAAAGAAAGGAUCUGUCCAAACCUACUUAUAUGUGAUGGUUUAGAAAAUGGAGAGGUGAAGUAUGUACCACUGAUCGACAGCAUACUGCCACCCCAAAUGGCUGCAAGUGAAGAAGUGUCUGUAAGGAGCAACAGACAUUCACAGCAUCUCAGUGGCUCUAGACAGUUCUUUACUGUCACCAAGGGAGAGGACCCUUGCAGAGCCACGCAGUCUUGCAGAGGUGGAGGGGUCUUUGAUUUCUGCAGUCAUGAAGAAUCUGGUAUGUGUGCACAGGAUACCAGCUGCUCUGACUGCACUUCAAAGGAUGCUGAUACCCAGUUUCCACCCUUGGAAAUUGUCAAGAGCAAAAUUCCCUUUUUUGGGGUAGAAGUUGCAGAUAAAUCCUCCUGUGGAAGUACCAGUGGUCUGAACUCUGAGCAUCAUGAGACCUUGAACAACGUCGCCAGCAAAUCUAUGAUUAACCAGGCUGUGGAUGCAAGUUCUGAUUUCCGAGCUUGCUUUACAACAAGCAGAAGCACCAGCACUCUGAUUGGGCUCUCAUCCAGGGCUGUUAACACAGAGAUAACAACGACAAACAAAUCGCGCCUGGCGGGAUGGUGCCGGGAAACCUGUGUGGACGUUGCUUGUAGUACAGACUGGUCGUGUGGAGCCAGUAGUGCAGAGGAAAUUCAGUCACAGCUUACUGACACACUGCAAAAACACUCAAGGAGCAAUACUGCAAUAGCUGAAAGAGAUUCACAAAUACAGGAGCAGUGGGAAUCAAAAAAUGAGCUGUGUAGCAGUGAUUUGAAGAUAAGCACUGGCAGGCUGGUACACCUUGGCAAACAAGCUGUGAAGAAUUCUGCAUCGAGCUGCUGUCAAAAAGUACUGCAAAGAGCUAUUGAAGCAGAAUUGCAGAUUGUGAACACUCAUUAUCAGAUGUGCUAUCAGCAUUGCUUGAAGAUUUACAAGCUGGCUUUGGAGGAAAACUCGUGUUUUAGCAGAUGUAACGUGAAAACUGAAUUAGAUUCAUCUCUCAUGUUGGUUUUAGAAAAGCUGAAAAAGGAUUAUAACAGUAUGAAAAUGAAAAUUAAAAUGGGCAUACCUUUAAAUGUACUUCCACCGCUAUCAACUGAGAUUAAGUUUUUCUCAGUCUCCUCUUCUUAUGUCCCCUGCAAGUUGUUCAGAGAGGAUCUUUGCUACAAUUCAGUUUCAGGCCCAAGAAAAGCUGACUUUGAGGCACCACAACUGCAAGAAAGGAAAAUGUCUGUCAAUAUGGAUAAUCCGCAGCCCAUAUGUUUAACUGACUGUGGUCAGCCAACUGACUCUCCUUCCUCCAAGACAUUUGAAGAGCAACGUGAAGAUCAGAAGGUAGAAUGUGGUUGUGUGAAAAAGGAAGAAGGGAAUGAAUAUUGGUAUGAUGCUAAAGAGGACGUGACAGUAGCAGAUUUUUCAGUAAUAGCAGAAGAAAUAAAGAAGCAACAAGAAAAACGAAACAUGGUUGAUUUAAGAGAAGCGAACGUAAUGGAGAGUGAGUGUUCUUUGGUUCGUGUUGGUGACCUAAGUUCCUCGAUGUCAGAGGGUGAUUUAAGAUCACAUUUCCAGAAGCAUCAGAUUUCCGACACUCUUACCUCUCUGGAUUCUGGUAACUACAGCUGUGCACUUCUGUGCUUUGAAGACACUAAUAAAGCAAAAUUAGCUGUAGAGGAGAUGAACCAGAAAAAAGUGAAAGGAAUACCAGUAAUUGUUGAAGUUGUAAAUAAUUCAUCAGAGAACAAAUCUUUGGUUUCCCAAGUACUUACAAAUAAGCUUGGCCCUGGAAAUGAACCUGUUGAUAAGAGUCAAAGAAAUAAUCAAGAUAAAGUACUUGCUUCAGCCUCCAAUUCUGUGAAAGCACCUGAUGCUUCUAAGAAAACAGAUCUUCUUCCCAUAACUGCUUCCAAAAUUUCUUGCUCUACGCAAGUACCUUCAGAAACAAAGAAGUGUUCUGAUCUGAAAUCAUCUAUUGAAGAUUCGGAGCAUUUUGUGCUUCAGGAUAAUCAAAAGAGUACUGGAGAAAACUUCGUGCAGAAAACAUCUGUUCCUUUCUCCACUAAUUCAUUUGAUGCCUUUGUAUCUUCUAAUACAUUGAACUUGAGCAGCUUUGCCAAAUUAAUGAAGAAACUUCAAGAAAUUCAUCCAGAGGCUAGCAGAGACAAAAUUGUGGAUGCUGUACUGCAAGUGAGGAAAAACAACAAAGGUAUCCUAAGUGGCUUGUCCAUCAGUACUAUUGUGGAGAAGACCUCCAACAUUCUAAGGAAGUCAGCACCAAGUUGUGUGCCCCUGCCGCCCGCGCAGCGCUGCGGGGCCACCGCGGGACCCGGGCACGGCUGCCGCCCGGACAGCAGCGCGGCGCCCGCCCGGCCUUCGCCCCGGCUCUGUGCGGGCCCCGGCGGCGGGGCGGGGCGGCGGCCUGGGCCCGCCCCACCCGCGGAGCGGAGCCGCCGCGGGGGAGGGUCCCGCUGCCGCCCCUCCGGCGGGCUGCGCGGCGCGGCGGCGAUGGUCCGGCUCCCGCGGCGCUUCCUCUGCUUCGUCCUGGCCCAUCACUUCAUCACGGUGACGGCAUGCCAGGAGGCCGACUACGGCUGGAUGAUCCGGCACUACUGCCUGAAGCAGUUCCAGCUCAGCAUGGAGGGCAUCGGGCAGCGGCUCUGGUGCGACUGGGAUGAGACUGUGGGAACCUACGGGGAGCUGACGAACUGCACGGCGCUGAUUGCCGAGAGGCUCGACUGCUACUGGCCCAACCGGCUGGUGGAUGAGUUCUUCGUGGCCGUCCACAAGCAGUACUUCAGGAACUGCUCACCCUCUGGCCGGGCGCUGCGUGACCCCCCCAACGGUGUCCUCUGCCCCUUCAUCCUGCUGCCCAUCCUCGUCACCCUGCUGAUGACCGCGCUGGUGGUGUGGAGGAGCAAACGCAGCGAGGGCAUCGUCUAAGGCCGCCCGGCCACCAGCGCUGGGAGGGACUGGGGGAACCUCUCCAGAACGUGCCUGAUUUUUUGAGAAGAUGGUGGCAGAGGAGCAUGACAGGGCAGGUGCCCAGCUCCAGAGGCAGAGAUGGAAUGCCAGCGCUCAUCCCUCGCUGGUGCCCUCUGCCCCGCACACGCAUUGUGGCCCGGCACUUUCCAAAUCAAUCCCACCCUUAAGGCUUCGGCCCUGCCACACAGCCUUUCCCGGCUGCCUCCCUCCCGGCAGCCCUCACACAAUCCUAUGCCAGAAGAGGAAAAUUUUAAAGGAAAAAAUAAAGAAAAGAGGCGGUGGGGGUUAAGUGCUGCCAGCCUCAGUGCCGGCAGGUCUGGGCGCAACAAGACCACCACAGCUUCCUCUUUGUGCCCUUGUUUUUCCACACCAGGAAAAGCACCUUCUCCCCCAGCAGAAGGCCGGCGCCUGCAGGGAGUGGGGAGAAACGGGCGAGGGGCGCGGCUGGGAGCUGGUGGCACCUGCAGAGGCCUUGGCAGGGGCCUGGGGCUAACAGGCAAUGGGAAUAAGGUGCUUUUUCUACCUAAAUAAAGACAUCAACAAACCCAGUGCCCAUCUCUGGUGCCAAUCCUCAGGACUGGGAUCCAAGUGGA